AUGUACAAUAUAAUAAUACCAACAUACAAUGAAGGACCAAACAUCAAGGUCUUGCUACGCAUGGUCUCUGACGUCAUGAGUGAGGAGGGCAAGCCGUUCAAGAUCAUUGUUGUAGACGACAGCAGCCCCGAUGGGACCUAUAAGACUGUGGAAUCGAUGGGACUUCCCAAUGUGUGUCUCUUGUCAAGAAAGAAAAAGCUUGGGCUUGGAAGUGCAUACAAGACUGCCCUUGAGCACUGUGAGCAUCCGUUUACGGUUGUGAUGGAUGGGGACCUAUCCCACGAUCCUAUGUACAUUAAGGACAUGAUCAGACUUCAGAAAAAAGGGGCCGACAUAGUUGCGGGAAGUAGAUACUCUGGAGAAGGAGCAGUGUGUGGCUGGUCGAUGAAGAGAAAGAUCAUAAGCCUCGGCGCAAACAAUCUUGCCAGGAUAUUCCUUAAUGUGAAUGUGUCCGACCUCACCGGAAGUUUUCGGCUGUAUAGGACAGAGGUGCUCAGGCUGCUGAUUGAAGAGUCUGUGUCUACGGGGUACUCCUUCCAGAUGGAGCUUAUGUGCCUAGCCAAAAGGCGCGGAUUUGUGGUAUCUGAGUGCCCAAUAGUCUUUCACGAGAGGAGGAGAGGGCAGUCAAAGCUGUCUUUGAUGGAGAUUGUGAUGUACAUAAAGGCCAUAGGAGUUCUGUUUUUCAGCGCUUAA